GUCACGUGAUGCCCCGACUACGGCGCGGGAGAAGGGGUAGGAGGGCCCUUGAAGGGUGCGCGUUCCCGUGGCGGUGCACCGGGUAGGUUUCAGUCAGAGUCACUAUGGCGGCCGGAGCUGGCAAGGUCGGAAAGUUUCUGUCGUCGGGCAGAGCCUGAGCUUGUCCCACCGGCUGCGAGCGGUGGAGGCUGCGGCGGACCCAACCCGGGGCCUCCAGGCCUCUCCCCCAACCUCCGGGCCAGCCUCCCUCCCCCACCUCCUCGUCCGUCGGGAGCUUCAGCUGCGGUCCCUGAGAUGCGACCCUCGCGGGAGAGACUCUGAAAGGAGGUGGCCGGUGUGCUGAGGAGCAGCCAGGAGCCCAGGAGUCCAGGGACCAACUUCCUGCGGGCCGAGACCCCGGAUCCUCCCCGGGGUCGCGCCUCGCUCGGUCACCACCCGCCUGCUGAGCCGGAUCCCCGCCCUGGUCGCGGGGACGCCCGCCAGGUGCCCGGAGUCCCGCCUUGGCCGCUGCCCUAGCUCCCGCCGGUCCCCGUUCCUCGUGCCAGGGACUCCAGCCACCGCCACCUCGUCUCGUGCGGGGCCGGGGACCCUGUGCCACCUCCCGGCCGGCCUUCGCGGGAGGGGCAAUGCAGACUGUCCGGCUGGCCGUCUAGACCCCUGCGCUGGCCCCAUCGCCUCUCGUCCCUCCAGUCCGGAGGCCCUCGAAGACGGGCGGUGGCUGCCCAGAGGUGCUCAGCUACACCUUUCUUCCGCCUGAAAGGACCUUUCUGGCCGCAACGAACCGACCCUUCCUUCAUGCUGCAGUGCUGCAACAUUUCCGCCACCGAGGGGGGAAAGCGGCCGCGAUCCCAAACAAAACCCAAGAAUUGGCGUGUGACUCAUCUGCUUGGAUACCUCCAGUCCCCAAACUGUCUUCCAGGAGUUUUCUUGGCCGAAGCUGUCCAAUGUUUGAGCCUUUUCUUCCCAGGGAAGAAGAUGGACUGAAAGCUACCAGUUGGGGACUUGGUGUGAUCAGGGCACUGCUGGGUUUUAAAGGAGGUGAUGGGGCUUGCGCUGACUCGUCUUCCCACCCAAGUGAAGAGUUGUUGAUGUUCACUGGUUAUGCUUGGACAAUGUGCAGUUUGUUUUAAUUUAAAAUUUGGUGGGGGAUAGGGGUAGAGGCUUGUGAAGGGUCCGGAUCCGGUGGACCUCCUCUUUGUCCCUAGUAGGAGAGACACCCCCAGUCUGUCCUCGAUGCCGUCAGCCUUGGCCAUCUUCACUUGCCGCCCGAACUCACACCCUUUUCAAGAGCGUCAUGUCUACCUGGACGAGCCCAUUAAAAUCGGCCGCUCGGUGGCCCGUUGUCGACCAGCACAGAAUAAUGCUACCUUUGAUUGCAAAGUGCUGUCAAGGAACCAUGCUCUCGUCUGGUUUGAUCACAAGACGGGCAAGUUUUAUCUCCAAGACACUAAAAGUAGUAAUGGUACCUUUAUAAAUAGCCAGAGAUUGAGUCGAGGCUCUGAAGAAAGUCCACCAUGUGAAAUUCUUUCCGGUGACAUUAUCCAGUUUGGGGUAGAUGUGACGGAGAACACACGGAAAGUUACCCAUGGGUGUAUUGUUUCAACAAUAAAACUUUUUCUACCAGAUGGUAUGGAAGCCCGGCUCCGCUCAGAUGUCAUCCAUGCUCCAUUACCAAGUCCUGUUGACAAAGUUGCUGCUAACACUCCAAGUAUGUACUCUCAGGAACUAUUCCAGCUUUCUCAGUAUCUUCAGGAGGCCUUACAUCGGGAACAGAUGUUGGAACAGAAGUUAGCCACGCUUCAGCGGCUACUAGCCAUCACCCAAGAGGCUUCAGAUACCAGCUGGCAGGCUUUAAUAGAUGAAGAUAGACUCUUAUCACGGUUAGAAGUUAUGGGAAACCAAUUACAGGCAUGCUCCAAAAAUCAAACAGAAGAUAGUUUACGGAAGGAACUUAUAGCAUUACAGGAGGAUAAACACAACUAUGAGACAACAGCCAAAGAGUCCCUGAGGCGAGUUCUUCAGGAGAAAAUUGAUGUGGUUAGAAAACUUUCAGAAGUUGAGCGAAGUCUGAGUAAUACUGAAGAUGAAUGUACCCACCUGAAAGAAAUGAAUGAACGGACUCAGGAAGAAUUAAGAGAAUUAGCCAAUAAAUAUAAUGGAGCAGUUAAUGAGAUUAAGGAUUUAUCUGAUAAAUUAAAGGUAGCAGAGGGAAAACAAGAGGAAAUUCAACAGAAGGGACAAGCUGAGAAGAAAGAAUUACAGCAUAAAAUAGAUGAAAUGGAAGAAAAAGAACAGGAGCUCCAGGCAAAAAUAGAAGCUUUGCAAGCUGAUAAUGACUUCACAAAUGAAAGGCUAACAGCUUUACAAGUACGGUUAGAACAUCUUCAAGAGAAAACUCUUAAAGAAUGCAGCAGUUUAGGGAUACAAGUUGAUGACUUCUUACCUAAAAUAAAUGGGAGCACAGAAAAAGAGCACUUGCUUUCAAAGAGUGGCGGGGACUGCACUUUUAUUCAUCAAUUCAUAGAAUGCCAGAAGAAGCUGAUCGUCGAGGGGCAUCUAACCAAAGUGGUAGAAGAAACAAAGCUUUCAAAAGAAAACCAGGCAAGAGCAAAGGAAUCUGAUUUAUCAGAUACUUUGAGUCCAAGCAAGGAGAAAAGUAGUGACGACACUACGGACGCCCAAAUGGAUGAGCAAGAUCUAAAUGAACCCCUUGCUAAAGUGUCCCUAUUAAAAGAUGACUUGCAGGGUGCUCAGUCAGAAAUUGAGGCAAAACAAGAAAUUCAGCAUCUUCGCAAGGAAUUGAUUGAAGCCCAGGAACUAGCUAGAGCAAGUAAACAAAAAUGCUUUGAACUUCAAGCUCUUUUGGAAGAAGAAAGAAAAGCCUACCGAAAUCAAGUUGAGGAAUCCAAUAAACAAAUACAGGUUCUUCAAGCCCAACUGCAGAGGUUACACAUCAAUAUUGAGAAUCUCCGGGAGGAGAAGGACAGUGAAAUUACAAGCACUCGAGAUGAGUUGCUUAGUGCCCGAGAUGAGAUUUUACUCCUUCACCAAGCAGCAAAAAAGGCUGCCUCUGAGCGGGACACUGACAUUGCUUCUUUACAAGAAGAGCUUAAGAAGGUGCGAGCUGAGCUUGAGCGGUGGCGGAAAGCAGCAUCUGAAUAUGAGAAAGAGAUCACGAGUCUGCAGAAUAGUUUUCAGCUUCGAUGUCAGCAAUGUGAGGACCAACAGAGAGAAGAAGCAACUAGGCUACGAGGUGAACUAGAGAAGUUGAGAAAGGAAUGGAAUGUAUUGGAAACCGAAUGCCGUUCUCUAAGAAAGGAAAAUGUUUUGCUAUCAUCAGAACUACAGCGGCAAGAAAAAGAAUUGCACAAUUCUCAGAAACAGAGUUUAGAGCUUACCAGUGAUCUCAGCAUCCUGCAGAUGACUAGGAAAGAGCUUGAGAAUCAAGUGGGAUCCUUGAAAGAACAGCAUCUUCGGGAUUCAGCUGAUUUAAAAACUCUUCUCAGUAAGGCUGAAAACCAAGCAAAGGAUGUACAGAAAGAGUAUGAAAAGACACAGACUGUACUCUCAGAACUGAAGUUGAAGUUUGAAAUGACUGAGCAGGAAAAACAAUCAAUCACAGAUGAGCUCAAACAAUGUAAAGACAACCUGAAGCUGCUCCGAGAGAAAGGAAAUAAUCCUUCCAUAUUACAACCCGUCCCAGCCGUAUUCAUCGGCCUAUUCCUGGCUUUCCUGUUUUGGUGUUUCGGUCCAUUGUGGUAGAGAAAGAAACCCUGGCCCUGGAUGCCCAUGUUGGCUGCCCUGGUUGCAGUGACAGCCAUCGUGCUGUACGUGCCAGGUCUAGCCAGAGCUUCUCCAUGAGAGCGUUUCUUGAGUCUGUACACCGUCCUCCCUCUAGAAGCUGGCACCACACUCGUGCUGGGGACAAACAGAACCAUUUCUUCCUUUUUACCUCUUAAAACAGCAGAAGUGCAAGAAUACAGCUGUAGGGUCAUUGCUUUAAAUUAUAUAAAAUGUACCUGUCUAUAAAGAGGAUAUAAAAUUGUGACUUUAUUCUACUGUAAGCAAUAAUUUGCUUGCAAUUUUUCAUGUAAUUUUUAACUUAGUAUGUUGAAAUUCUGAAUAUUAUGGUGGCCUAAAGUAGGCUUCUUGGUACACCAAAUUAUUUAUAACAUUAAAUUUAUGGGUAUUUUACUCUGAACUCUAAUGGCCAGAUAAUUCAUUUUUCUGAUUCGAUACCUACCCAAACCAAACAACUGAUACAUACAUGGGAAGAGAGGCCCUGUGUGCUCAGUGCCUAUGAGUUUGAAAUAUAUACACAUAUAUAUAUUUUUUACAUAUUUACGCCAUUUUUACUUCUUAUAAAACCACUGAGCUAUUGGGAACAAGACUUAGAGACAACUAUUUGCGUGGAUUUUUUUUUUUUUUUUUAAGGAGAAAUACACUUGGAAAAUAUUCUGUUCUAGUGAUAAUUUGGGGAAUAUGUGCACGCUUGUUCAGCCUUAAUAUGACUUGACGAUGUGGAGGACAUCAACUUUGAAAAACUUUCCAUGAGAGUGUGUAUUUUCUUGAGCAAACUGAAGUAUUUCUGGGAGCAAAAACAUAGUAAUUAUACAAUUUCAGUGCAGUAAACCAAACUGUUGAGUCAAUUGGAAUGUAAUUUAUUAAACCUCAUGUAUUUAAAGAGAUAUUUUCUUUAAAAGCCAAGUUACUUUCUCAUAUACAGCAUUUUAGGAAGCAUGAUUUUUUUUUUCUAUCAUCUCUUCCUCCAAGCAUGUUUAAUUGAAGAAAGAAUUAAUAUCUCUUUAGAUAAGCUUUUACUGACUUAAUUUGGUUAUGAUAUUUCAAAGCUAAUUCAUGUUUGAGGUGAGCUGUUGACACCUACCAACAGAUUUCCUGGUUGGGUAUGCAAAUGGUUAUUUUCUUUUUACUGUUGUUAAUUGGGACGUUCUGUUAAUGAGAAGUGCUAUUCCCAAGAUUAAUAGUGUUCCAUGCACAGUGAAGCACCUAAACACUGCUUGAUGUUACAAAUUUAAAACACGGAAGUGAAAGUUUAGCUAUGGUUUUGUGCGGCACCACAGUUAUGUCAAUAAAGUUUAUUUAGGUCAUAGACUAUCCUAAAGUAUCACAUAGUUAAAUUUUUCAGUCAAUGAAGACUGGGAGGGAAUGUCAGUGAAUUGGCUUGAAUGUUCUGUAGCAAUCCACAGGCCUAGCCAAAUAUUGAAAGAGAAGUUUAGGAUAUAAUUUGCCUUGUGAUGUUUGGAAGUCAUUGUUUAUACUUUAAAGGUUACAUUUUAAGCUAUUGGGGGUUUGCUUUUGGGAGGAUCACUAGAUUUAUGGAGGAAUUAGUCACAAAUGACUUGUAGAAAUUACUGUCAUGUAGUUCAUUUCAUCAUUUUCUGUUGCAGGAAGCCACUCCACCACAGAAUGCUAAUAUGCCAGUGGUACCCAGUACCUCUUGUAUAUAGGUUAUUGCAAAUAUUGUUCUGAAAUGCUUACCUUCAGAAUUACAUUUUUUAAAGUAAAUAAUUGUUUUAAAUCUAUUUUGUAAAGAUAUAAAGUACAAUAGAAUUUCUGGAGUACAAAUUAAACUAUUUGCACUAACACACGUGAUGUGCAUGAUUUAAUAAAAUAACUUUACUCUCCCUAUGCAUUUUUGAGUUGAAUAUCAUUGAAAUUCUUAGUCCUGCCUCUACUAUUGUAUUGUUAAUAGUCUUUUCUUGAAAUGACUCUUUAUGCAACAUAACAUAUGUUUGGUGUUCUUUGGGGCUCUAAAGAAAACACUGAGCUGCUUUCUCCAUGUUAUUAGCUGUUUAUAUGACUUACUGCUCUAAUUUUUUUUCCUUUUACUACUCUAGUUAUUAUUAAAACGUGACUCACCAGGCAAGUCUCUUUAAAAUGUAAAGCCUAGUAUCAAUAUUUACUUUAUUCAAAUUGAAUAAAUGGGUUUUUG